UUUCUUCGUGUUUUCUUCUGCCUCGUCCAUUGACAACCUAACCAGUAGUCGAAACCUGCCUCCUUCCACCAUCUUCAAAAAGUAGUCGUUCGAUUGGCAUAGAGAAGCAUUCUCAAGGCCGAGGGACUUGCGUUCGCUCACACUGGACCCUCCAUCCUGCCCAAAAAUCUAACUCAUUCUCUGUCACCCUGUCAUCUACUUCGCUUCAAACCCUUCUACUAUUAUCUUUCGAGGAGCACAUCUCCAACACACUGCCCUUUGUCUCAUCUACCGCACACCAGACAUCAGUAUCCAGCUUCCAGAAAGCAAAAGCCAUCACCUCAGAUCAACAGCAUCCUUUCACCAGUCAGGAGGCAUAUUCGAUCAACUGCACAUUUACUCAGGACUCGCACACAAUGGUUCUCUCACUUACAUAUCGCCGCCCGGCCUAUGUGUCUUCUCACAGCUCUAUUGACUCGGAGAAGCCAGCUGAAUCGAUCAGCUCAGGUACCAGUAGCCAAUGUGGCAUUCCUGAUGCUCUUUCGUUCGACAAGAUCAUCAGUGGUGGAACAUGCCCCCCUGUAACCCUGCGUGAAUUCAUGGACUUCCUCUGCUACAUCGAGCACGAUGCAGAGAACCUCCAAUUUUAUCUCUGGCAUCAGGAUUACUGCAAGCGCUUUUCGGAGCUUCCCGAGAGCCAGCAAAGACUGGCACCGGAAUGGACCGCAGAGCAAGCAUUGAAUGAAAAGACGAAUGCUGAAAAGGAAAAGCUGCCUAAAAAAAUCCCCAACAGCGCCACCGCUAUCCUGAAAGGGACCGAUUUCGAUCCGAAUGCCAAACUCGGAGUGCCUGAAGUUGUCCCAAACCCUUUCAAUACACCUCCCCGGACGCCAUCUGCAACCAUCGCCGACCGUGACAGCAUCGCCCCGUCGACAGUUGGCUACAGCGAGGACGGCACCACCCUACGCUCCGGAACAACCGAUCACAGCAGGAAAGCCGAGGCCGCUUUUGAAGAAGCUGGAACCUUGCAACCAUUCACCAUUCAGCCUUACCGCGAAGAGAUCUCGAGAAUCAUCGCCAUCUAUAUCGCUGAAGGAAGUUCAAGAAUGCUCAAUCUCUCUUCGAAAGAGAGAACCGUUCUCCUGAAGGCGUUAUCUGUCACAACACAUCCGUCAGCCUUUAGAGACGUCAUCACCACCGUGGAGUGGUCCCUCAGACGACAGGCUCAUCCCAACUUCAUCCGAUGGACAAUCUGCAAUGGAAAUAAACCAAGACAGACUUUUGCUCAAGGCCUGGGUGUUGCAGGGAUCGUUGCUGGCAUUGUAUAUGCCAUUGUCAUCACACUCAGCUCGGUCAAUCGUGGUUGGAGGGCUUUGGCAUUCCUCGGUCUCUUCAUUGGCAUCGCCACCUUGUUUGCGGGAUGGAAGGGCAUGUGUGUGGUCUUGCAUGGCAUGCACCAUCGACAUCUCCGUCCAUGGGAACUCUUCAACGACGACGAUGAGGCUUCCUCGGAUUAUGCGUCGAAAAAGGAUUCGUUCGAUAGCCUGGGAUCUGCCAAUAGCUAUGAAGAUGCUCCCUGGGUCGCCAAAUAUGAAAAGCGCAACAUCAUCCGCAAGAUCUUCGAUCGUGAAGUCUGGAUCCGAGAACCGGCGCUCCGUCAGAUACAGGACACUAUUUUCCUGCAGGCCAUCAUCACCGCCUUCGUCAUUUCCGCUAUCAUAACUGCCAUCUUCCUGGCUGUGCCUCGUGGUAAUUACUUUUAAAUAGUCAGCAUAUCUCACGACAAGCACAUACUUAAAUCCAAUUUCGACAAGCCAAACAGUAUGCAUUUGUGAGACAUGUUUCGAGCGGAUCGCGGGCGAACCAGUUUGCAUGUUCAAGUGUCUAUUUGGGCGGAACAGGGUAUGGCAUCUACAAUAUCAAGGAGAAUGAAGUGAAAAGGGGGAACAAACAUUUCUCAGUCAGAAUUUCGUUCAAGUCGCGAUAUCUCGGUUAGGAUCGUGUGCCGUCGCUAUCAGUAAAAAUACCCUUGUUGGGAGUAGGAAUGGAUUUUCAUUCAACAUCG